GUUUGCAAACCAAUAGAGGUAAGUUAUAAUUGCUCUCCUAUUAGAAUUGGUUAACGAGGCUACGAUCAUCUAUAGGCCCAGGUACUCAAUUCUAAUGAGCUCUUUUUCCCCAUGAAUAAUACCCUAACCUACUACUUGCAGACUUGAAAAUGUCUUCAGAUUUACAACAUUGGGCUCAAAUAUUGAGUAGUCCUACUCUUUCAGUGCUACCACAUGACUUCAUUCGUCCUUCCAAUAACAAAGUUAUUGAAGCCAAACACAGCUUUUCAAUUCCAUCCAAAGAGUCAUGGAAUUCAAUAAUAUCUCAAGUUCAAGGCUCGAAUGAAUUUAUUGUUGGUUUAUCUGUGUUUGCAGUCUUAAUCUAUAGAUUAACAGGUGAUGACGAUAUUGUUAUCUCCACCGAUUCUCCAAAUGGAAAAGAAUUCGUCAUUAGAACCACUAUCAGCCCAACCAUUUCCUUCGUUGAAUUGGUCAAACAAAUUACUACCCUAUACAAUGAUAACGUUAACAGAGCUGUUGAUUAUGAUGAAUUAUCAGCUUUAAUACAAAAAGAAAAUGGCUUAGAAAACAAACCACAAUUAUUUAGACUAAGUUUCCAAUAUGGUAACCAACAUCAACAACUUUCUGAAUACGGUUCAAUUAGAGACUUAUCAGUUUUCGUUAAUGAUGAUACUUAUGACGUUUAUUUCAAUGCUCUUUUAUACAAAGAUGCUCGUCUAUCCAUCUUUGGAGAACAAGUGAAUCAAUUUUUUGAUGCUAUUGCUAAAAAUUCUUCAUUAGAAGUUACCAAAGUUAACUUGAUCACUAAAUCUCAAAAAGAAUUCUUACCAGACCCAACAACAAACUUGGAUUGGUCAGGGUAUAGAGGUGCUAUUCAAGACAUUUUCCAAGAAAAUGCUGGUAAAUUCCCAGAAAGAACUUGUGUUGUGGAAACUCCAAGUUUCUUGACCCCAGAAAAACAAUCACGAAUCUUCACUUAUAAACAAAUUAAUGAAGCUUCAAACAUUGUCGGGAAUUAUUUGGUCAAAACCGGUAUCAAAAGAGGUGAUGUUGUCAUGAUUUACUCCUCAAGAGGUGUUGACUUGAUGGUUUCAGUCUUGGGUGUCUUGAAAGCAGGUGCCACUUUCUCUGUCAUUGAUCCAGCCUAUCCUCCAGCUCGUCAAAACAUUUACUUACAAGUUGCUAAACCAAAAGGUUUGAUUGUUAUCAAGAAAGCUGGUAUUUUAGAUGAACUAGUGGAAAGUUAUAUUGAAAAUGAACUAGAUGUCAUUUCACGUGUUCCUCAAAUUGAAUUACAAGAUGAUGGUUCAGUUCUUGGUGGUGUUGAUAUCAGUGGUAAAGAUGUUUUAGCUGAUUCUCCAGUAACUCCAACUGGUGUCUUGGUUGGUCCAGAUUCUAACCCAACUUUAUCAUUCACUUCUGGUUCCGAAGGUUUACCAAAAGGUGUCUUGGGUAGACAUUUUUCAUUAGCUUACUAUUUUGACUGGAUGUCUAAAACUUUCAAAUUGAAUGAAAAUGAUAAAUUCACCAUGCUUUCAGGUAUUGCACAUGAUCCUAUUCAAAGAGAUAUGUUCACUCCUAUCUUUUUGGGUGCUCAAUUAUUAGUCCCAACUGCUGAUGAUAUUGGUACACCAGGUAAAUUAGCUGAAUGGAUGGGCAAAUAUGGUGCCACUGUUACUCAUUUGACACCAGCUAUGGGUCAAUUAUUAUCUGCUCAAGCUACUGCUGAAAUUCCAUCCUUACAUCAUGCUUUCUUUGUUGGUGAUAUCUUAACCAAGAGAGAUUGUUUAAGAUUACAAACUUUAGCUAAAAAUGUUUUCAUUGUCAAUAUGUAUGGUACCACUGAAACUCAAAGAGCUGUUUCAUACUUUGAAGUUGCUUCAAGAGAACAUGAUUCAACUUUCUUGGAAUCACAAAAAGAUGUCAUGCCUGCAGGUAAAGGUAUGCUGAACGUUCAAUUAUUAGUUGUCAACAGAAAUGAUAGAUCCCAAACUUGUGGUGUUGGUGAAGUCGGUGAAAUCUAUGUUCGUGCUGCUGGUUUGGCCGAAGGUUAUCGUGGUUUACCUGAAUUAAAUGAAGAAAAAUUUGUUAAAAACUGGUAUGUCGAUCAACAAAAAUGGGUUGAUUUAGAUAAUAAAUCUAGUAAAGAUGAGCCUUGGAGACAAUUCUGGAAAGGCCCAAGAGAUAGAUUAUACAGAACUGGUGAUUUAGGCCGUUAUUUACCAGAUGGUAAUACCGAAUGUUGUGGUAGAGCCGAUGAUCAAGUUAAAAUUCGUGGUUUCCGUAUUGAAUUGGGUGAAAUUGAUACAAAUAUUUCUCAACAUCCUCUUGUUCGUGAAAAUAUCACUUUGGUUCGUAAAGAUAACAACAAUGAACCAACUCUGAUCUCAUACAUUGUUCCAAAAGUUGAAUUGGAAGAAUUGGAAAAUUUCAAAUCCUCUGUUGAAGAUUUAGAAAAGAAAGAUGAUCAAGUUGUUUCUGGUUUAGUUGGUUACCGUUUAUUGAUCAAAGAUAUCAAAGAAUUCUUGAAAAAGAGAUUAGCUUCAUAUGCCAUCCCAACAAUCAUUGUCCCAUUCCAUAAAUUACCUUUGAAUCCAAACGGUAAAGUUGAUAAGCCAAAAUUACCAUUCCCAACUACUGCCCAAUUAGAAGCUGUUGCUAAACACUCAAGUGCUGAUCAAGAUGAUUCUCAGUUCAGUGAAACUGAAGCUAAGGUUCGGGAUGUUUGGUUAUCUGUGUUACCUCAACGUCCAUCAACAAUUUCACCUGAAGAUUCAUUUUUUGAUCUAGGUGGUCACUCUAUCUUGGCUACAAGAAUGAUUUUCGAAUUAAGAAAACAACUAGUUAUUGACUUACCAUUAGGUACCAUCUUCAAAUUCCCAACCAUUAAAGCUUUUGCAAAAGAGAUUGAACGUGUUCAAAGUGGUGAUGCUGUUGCUUUACCAUCAACUUCUGGUGCUUCGCAAGAUGAAACCACAGAGGUAACUAAAACUGCUGAUUAUUACAAAGAUGCUCAAGAAUUAUCUGAAAAAUCAUUGAAAUCUUCUUAUAACUCAAAAACUGAAAUCGGUAAAAAUGAUACCAUCAAUGUCUUUGUUACUGGUGCUACUGGUUUCUUGGGUUCAUUCAUUGUUUCUGAUUUAUUGAGUCGUGGUUCAAACAUCAAAGUUUUCGCUCAUGUUCGUGCUGCUGAUGAAGCUAAAGGUUUCGAAAGAGUUAAAAAAGCCGGUGUCACUUAUGGUAAUUGGAAGGAUUCUUUCGAAUCAUCACUUGAAGUUGUCUUGGGUGAUUUAUCUAAAGAGCAAUUCGGUCUUGAUAAUGAAAAAUGGAGCUAUUUGACUGAAAAUAUCGAUGUUAUCAUUCAUAAUGGUGCUUUAGUCCACUGGGUUUACCCAUAUGAUAAAUUACGUGAUGCUAAUGUCAUUGGUACUGUUAACGUUUUGAACUUGGCUGCUACUGGUAAAGCUAAAUACUUUUCAUUUGUUUCUUCAACCUCUGCCUUAGAUACUCAACAUUUUGUUGAAUUAUCUGAUAAAUUAAUUUCAGAAGGUAAAGCUGGUAUUCCAGAAGCUGAUGAUUUACAAGGUUCUGCUUAUGGUUUAGGAUCCGGUUAUGGUCAAAGUAAAUGGGCUGCAGAAUACAUUAUCCGUCGUGCUGGUGAACGUGGUUUGAAAGGUGCUAUUAUCAGACCUGGUUAUGUUACUGGUGAAACUAAUACUGGUUCAUCAAACACUGAUGAUUUCUUGCUACGUAUGUUGAAAGGUUGUGCUGAAUUGGGUAAAUAUCCAAACAUCAACAACACUAUCAAUAUGGUUCCAGUUGAUCAUGUUGCAAGAGUUGUCGUUGCCUCUGCUCUACAUCCACCAAAAUCCGAUGAAUUGGCUGUUGUUCAAGUCACUGGUCAUCCACGUAUUACUUUUAUUCAAUUUGUUGGUGCUUUGAAAAAAUUUGGCUAUGAAAUUGAAUUAGAAGACUAUGUUAGCUGGAAAUCAUCAUUAGAGAAUUUUGUUGUUGAAGGUACUAAAGAAAGUGCCCUAUAUCCAUUAUUGCAUUUCGUUUUAGAUGAUUUACCACAAGACACUAAAGCUCCAGAAUUAGAUGAUAGAAAUGCUGUUGUUUCAUUGAAAAAAGAUGCUGAAUGGACUGGUGUUGAUGCUUCAACUGGUAGAGGUAUUGAUGAAGCACAGUUGAGCGUUUAUGUUGCAUAUUUGAUCAAGGUCGGAUUUUUACCAAGACCAACAAGCAUUGGGGAACCAUUACCAGAAAUCACCUUAUCUCAAGAACAAUUUGAAUUGGUAACUUCAGGUGCCGGUUCUCGUGGUAGUUCAAACUAGAAUGAGAUGUGUUAUGUAAAUAUUACUUAGAAAAUUUGAUUAGAG